AUGCCAACAAAUGAAAUGUUGUUGGAGUUUCCUCCUGACUAUUAUAGAUACGUUAGUCAUCUACCUACUAGAAUAACCCAAGAGAUGUAUAUAAUGGCCGAUUUAAGUAGUGAUAUUCCAAAUGAUGCUGCAGACUUAUCGCCUCUUUAUAUGGGCAAUGAAGAAAUCCUCUGCAAGAUAACUAUUGAUUCUAAUGGACUUUUACGUUGCAAACCUGAUUUUACUCGCGGGUCUGUUAAGUACAAAAUAAAAAGCAAACAAAAAGGGUCAUAUUAUUUUACGUUGGAAAAUAUUUCACUUCAAAUGUCUGAUCUGGACAAACAGAAAAUAAGAAACAUGGAUAAAGAGAUAACACUUCGAAAAUAUUCUCACUUUUGUGCCUCCAUCGGCAAACAGUUUGAAAUGCCAAAUGAACAAAGUUACAGGCUUUUUAUCGCUGGAGAGAUAAUGGGUGCGACUAACUUUGAAAACCCUGGAUUGUAUGUACAAUAUUAUCUUGAAUUACCACAAAACUGGAAAGCGUAUGAUCAUAAGCUAUUAUGUGGAAGUUCCCAGAUAGCCUCUAUCAAAAAUUAUGGAAACGAAGAAAUAAUUAUGUUUUCGCAUCCGAUCGAAUUUGACCUAACAUAUAAACCUGAAAUAAGUAUCGACUUAACGAAAGGACCAGUUUCAAUAUGGCCUACACUGUAUUUUGAAGUCCAGUCGCUUGACUUUUGGACUCGGAGUCGAACUGAAGGGUAUGGAUUCACAGAACUUCCGCGCAUUGCUGGUGCUCACUCAAUUAUUGUGAGUUGUUGGCGCCCAGUAGGAGAUUCUGUUGUAGAGGAACUAAGAAGAUUUUUUAUAGGUGGAACAUGCCAACUAGAGGACCCCACAUUUGCCAAAAUACCUGGAUCAUUUGAAAGCAAUAACUUAGCGAAAUAUGGAUUUCGUACAAAAAGCGCGGGAAAACUAUUUCUGAAUCUAAAUUGUGCAAUCCAAAGCUGGUCCAAUCUAUACAGGACCAUGAGCAGAUGUCCAACAACGGGUGAUGAGAAGCAAAGAAGGAUAGCACUUGCACACAUGGAUGUUUCAACGAUAAUAAAAGCAUACCAAAAAGCUCGUUCAAAAUUACUGGAGACCAGGAAAGUUAUAGAAGGUUUGGGGAAAGUCAAUUUUUAA